UUCGGGGUUUUUAGGUUUGACAGGUAAAGCUCUGGUUUGUGGCAGAUCUGGUCAAGGCCCGAGGGUAUGUUGAGACAUCUCAGCACGCCAGAGAAGAGGUGUCUAGGCGGUUCGGACGGGGACUGAAGGCGAGGAGGACAGACUGACAAGGGACCAGGGAGGAAGACAUGGGCCAGUGUGUCACAAAGUGUAAGAAUCCAACGUCCUCACUCGGCAGUAAGAGUGGAGACAAAGAGAGCAGUUCCAAGUCCCACAAGAGAAUCGACAGCGCUAGUGGUGGGGUCCACAAAGAGGAUUCUAGUGCGCUUUCAAGCAAAUCCACCAGCGAGCUGCUGAAUGGCACCAAGGCCCUAGAGGUCACCGUGGAAACGCCCAUCAUCUCCUCAGCGAUGAGGGAACCCUGCAAAGAUGAAAGCCUGGAUGGUGAUGGGCUGUCAAUGGCGCGCAUAGAGGAGCUUUUCAAUCACUAUAAGGACGAACUGGAAGAUGCCAUCUUGGAGGAGGGAAUGGAGAGGUUCUGUAAUGAUCUCUGCGUGGACCCGGCGGAGUUUCGUGUUCUUGUCCUCGCCUGGAAGUUUCAAGCAGCCACCAUGUGCAAGUUUACGAGGAAGGAGUUUGUUGAAGGCUGCAAGGCCAUCAGAGCGGACAGCAUCCAGGGUAUUUGUUCCCGCUUUCCCUUCCUGCUGGUGGAAGCUCAGGGAGAGGAGAACUUUAAGGACCUUUACCGCUUCACCUUCCAGUUCGGCUUGGACGCGGACGAGGGCCAGCGGUCGCUGCAGCGCGACAUCGCCAUCGCUCUAUGGCGACUGGUUUUCACUCAGGACACACCUGAGAUCCUGGAGCACUGGCUUGACUUCCUGGCAGAGAACCCGUCGGGUGUGCGGGGCAUCUCAAGAGACACGUGGAACAUGUUCCUAAAUUUCACUCAGGCCAUCGGGCCAGAUCUCAGUAACUACAGCGAGGACGAGGCCUGGCCCAGCCUCUUUGACACCUUCGUAGAAUGGGAGUUGGAGCGCAGGAAAAAAGAGGAGGAACAGGGACUGUUGACGAAGGACGAAGAAGGGAGGUGUACAGAAACGAACUGUCCCUCCACAGACAGACUGGAAACAGAGGGGGGCCGUGGCUCACAGACCUGGGGAGGGCACUGAU